AUGGCUGAUUAUGAAUAUGAUUUCAUUGUUCUAGGUGGUGGUACUGCCGGUAACGUUGUGGCUGGGAGGCUUGCUGAGAACCCGGAUGUGAGAAUAUUGGUUGUUGAAGCAGGUGUCGGAAAUACCCUGGAGAUUGAAGAUAUCAAGACCCCAUCUAGUGCUAUGGAGUUGCGUGACUCUCUAUAUGACUGGGCCUACAAGACCACUAUGGUUAAACGUGAAGAUUACGAACGUACCGAGAAACCCAACACUCGUGGUAAGGCCCUUGGUGGCAGUUCCUCCUUGAACUACUUCAGUUGGAUCCCCGGUUGCAGGUCCACUUUUGACAGAUGGGAAGAAUUCGGUGGUGAAGAAUGGACUUGGGACCCUUUGGUACCUUAUCUGAGAAAGAGUGUCACUUACCAUGAUGACUUGAAACUUUACCCUGAAGAAUUAAAAAAGAUUGGUAGCGGUGGUCCUCUUCCAAUUUCCCAUGCUGAAUUAGAGAAGAAAUUGGUUCCUUUCCGCGAAAAAGUAAUCGAAGCCUGCAAAUCAAGAGAUCUUCCAGUUAACGAAAACACUUUUGAUGGUGAUAUGGUUGGCUUAACCCACUGUGUGAACUCCAUCUACCAUGGGGUGCGUUCAAGUAGUGUUUACUUUGUGAAGGAUAAGUCAAACAUCACAAUUUUAACUCAUGUCCACUCCAAGAAAAUCAUCAUCGAUCCUGCUGACAAGGUUACCAAAGGUGUCACUAUCAUUAAGCUUUCAGGAGAGGAACACAGUUAUUAUGCCAAACGCGAAGUUAUUGUUGCCCAAGGUGUUUUUGAAAGUCCUAAACUAUUAAUGCUUUCAGGAGUUGGCCCAAAGAAGGAAUUAGAGACACAUGGUAUCGAUGUUAUUGUUGAGAAUCCCCAUGUUGGUCAACACUUGCUAGACCAUCCAGGUGUCCCAUUUGUAUUGCACGUAAAAGAUGGUUUUGGUAUGGACGAUCACUUGUUGCAUGAAGGUCCAGCACAUACUGCUGCAGUUGAGCAGUACAAAAAGGACUCUACAGGUCCUGUUGGUUUCGGUUUGUUUGAAUUGAUAGGUUUCCCACGUAUUGACCAUUACCUAGAGAAAGAUCCACACUACAGCCAAACCAAAAAGGCCAACGGCGAUAAAGAUCCAUUCGCCCCCAAGGGUCAACCUCACUUCGAGUUAGACUUUGUGAGUAUGUUUGGUAGUGCUUUCCAAUGGCAUUAUCCAACUCCAAAAAAGGGUGCUUACACUAGUGUGGUAGUCAAUUUGGUCCGUCCGCAUUCUAAACCAGGCGAAGUCAGGUUGAACAGCAUGGAUCCUCUUCUGCAACCAUACAUCAAUUUAAACUUUUUUGCUGAUGAGUUGGAUAUCAUCGCAAUGAGAGAAGGUAUCAGGUUUUCUUACGACAUUUUGACCAAAGGUAAGGGGUUCAAGGAUAUUAUCCUCAGCGAGUAUCCAUGGGAAAUGCCACUAGAUGACGACAAAGAAAUGAGGAAACAGAUUUUAGACCGUGUUCAAACCGCAUUCGAUUCUUGUGGUACUGCUCGUUUGUCUAAAAGCAUUAAACAGGGUGUUGUCGAUCCAUCAUUAAAGGUGCAUGGGGUCAAGGGAUUACGUGUGAUUGAUGCUUCCGUCAUCCCAGUAAUCCCAGACUGCCGUAUCCAAAAUUCUGUCUACGCCAUUGGUGAGAAGGGCGCAGACUCGAUCAAGGCGGCUCAUAGAGACUUGUACUAA